GGCGAAAGUUGAUUCACCAAUUCCGUCACGCCGUCACCUGAGAACCGGACCGCUUUCUUACACAUGCCGUUCCUGAUUUCUUAGAACACAACCCCUCCCUGCAUUAUCGCCUCCCCGUGAUCGCGGUUUCUGCCCUGUCGAUAUACCUGCUAUGGUACCAACAGGUCCCCGUCGUUGUUGAUCGCCAUAGAGAGCAAGAUAAAUAGACUGUAUCACCAUUUUCCUGUCGACGGUCAACUCCUCCAUUUCGUGAAAUUCUUUCCUGAUCCUCCCUGUCCUAACCAACCCCGCCCCCGCGCGUUUCUCGUCGUUGUCCUGGUCGAGCAAGUGGGUGUCCAUCCAACUAGGUGAAGCCUACAACCAAACGAGGACAAAGCCCCCACAAUAAUCCUCGUACGAUAAAAAGACAGAAAUUUCCCUGCUCUCCCUCGACAACGAACCGUCCCGACUUCCUUCUGCCCUCAUCCCCGACCGUUCGUUAGUCGAAGAAUCAAAGUUAGUCGCAAACAUGUCUGGCGAUACUACCAACGGCGCCGUUGAGCGCAACCCCGGCCUUACCAUGUCGGCCACCGAGUUGAUCGGCAACACUCCCCUCGUCCGCCUCAACAGGAUCCCCCAGUCGCUCGGUAUUGAGUGCGAGGUCUACGGCAAGGUCGAGCUCUUCAACGCCGGCGGCAGUGUCAAGGACAGAAUCGCCCUUCGCAUGAUCGAGGAGGCCGAGAAGGAAGGCCGUAUCAAGCCUGGCGACACUCUCAUCGAGCCCACCAGUGGUAACACUGGUAUUGGUCUCGCCCUUGUUGGCGCCAUCAAGGGCUACAAGACCAUCAUCACCCUCCCCGAGAAGAUGUCAGCCGAGAAGGUCUCCGUCCUCCGCGCCCUCGGUGCCACCAUCAUCCGUACUCCUACGCAGGCCGCUUGGGACAGUCCCGAAUCCCACAUCGGUGUCGCCCGCCGUCUCCUCAAGGAGAUCCCCAACUCGCACAUUCUCGACCAAUACACCAACCCCAACAACCCGCUUGCCCACGAGUUCGGUACCGCCGAGGAGAUCUGGAAGCAGACCAACGGCAAGGUCACGGCCGUUGUUGCUGGUGCCGGUACUGGCGGUACCAUCACUGGUAUCGCUCGCGGCCUCCGCAAGCACAACAAGGACAUCAAGGUCAUUGCUGCCGAUCCUGUCGGCUCCAUCCUCGCUCAACCCGAGAGUCUGAACGACCCCAACGCCACCGCUCCCUACAAGGUUGAGGGUAUCGGCUACGAUUUUAUCCCUGACGUCCUUGAUCGCGAGUUUGUCGACAAAUGGUACAAGACCGAGGACCGCGAGUCCUUCCACCUCGCCCGCCGCCUUAUCGCUGAGGAGGGUCUCCUGGUUGGUGGUUCUUCCGGCAGCGCCAUGGCCGCCAUGAUCCGCGCCGUCAAGGACUACAACCUCGGCAAGGACGACGUCGUUGUCGUUGUCCUCCCCGACAGCAUUCGCUCCUACCUCUCCAAGUUCGCCGAUGACGACUGGCUCGCCGCCAACGGCCUCCUCGUUACCGACGACGAAAUCAAGACGGCCGACGAGGCCAAGGGCACCGCGACUGUCAAGAAGCAGCAAGAGACAGAGCAGAAGAAGACCGAUGAUGGUUAUGCCGGCGCCACUGUUCGCGCCCUCCGCCUCAAGCCCGUCACCUCGGUCCUCGCCGACUCGCCCUGCUCCGAGGCCAUCGAGACGAUGCGCGACAAGGGCUUCGAUCAGCUCCCCGUCCUCGCCCCCACUGGCGGCAAGCUGGUCGGUCUCGUCACCCUCGGAAACAUUCUCAGCUUCAUCCAGCGCGGCCGCGCCACCCCCGCCACCCCCGUUGCGAAGGUCAUGUUCGACUUCAGCCGCCUCGACGAGGUUGUCACGGAUCCCCGCAAGUUCGACAACAACCUCAAGGACAAGCAGCGCAAGUUUGUUGACAUUACCAUGGACACUCCUCUCGCUGCUCUCAGCAAGUUCCUUGAGUGGAACUCUGCUGCGAUUGUCACGGAGAAGACGGACAAUGGGUCCAAGCCUGUGGCUGUGGUCACCAAGGUCGACCUGUUGACCUACAUGCUUCAUCAGCAGUCGCUGUAGAAACCAGUUGUAAAUGCGUUUGAUGGAUGGAUGCAUGGCUGCGAGAAUAGAGUGGAGGAUAUCAAUACCAACAACAACAUUAAGCCUGCCUCCGUGAGCGUGGGACGGAUUAAACGGGGAUCUUUUCCUUUGACGGGAUAUGAUACCUAGACUCAACAUCUAUGGGCGGCUCUUUCUUGUUUUGCCUUUUCUUUUUUGUUUUUGUCGUUUGCUAAUAGUAAUGGGGGACUUACUCUGGGAGCCUUGGGCGUACUAGUAGAUACAUUUGCUUUCGCGUAGAACUUUCUGGGUAGCAUUUGGUCCGGCGUAGAAAAGGGUUCAACCCGUGCGAAUGGGACGAUUUAUUUUUAUUGUUCACCUGUACCGUAUCCCUAAUAUCCGACCUGGUGCUUCAUGUCUUUGCUUGCGAUGGUGUUCCUGGAUUGAGACUUUUAGCGGCGGUGUUGUCACUAUCGUAGACUACGCCUACAAACCCGGCAU